CAACAGUGUUAACUUACGAUUUUAUAUACAGAAGUUUGUAACACGUUUUCUGGAGUUUCACGUGGCUAGUGUUAAAAUGGAAAUAGCAACGGAUAUAGAUGAAAAUAAAAUUAUUCAUGAAGAGAAAUUAUCGAACAUGUCAAUAUCAGAAGAAGAAAAUAAAAAGAUAUUCCAUAAAGAGAUAGAAUUAUUAACGUCACAAGAAUUAGUACAUGAUGAAAAAUCGUCGAAAGAAGAAAUUGAGACAUUACAAUUAGGCAAACAAUUUUCCAAAGAAAUGAUCUCUAAUGAAAAAUUAGAAAAAGUAGUCACUGAGAUUCUGCAAGUAAAUGAAGAAAAUGAUUGUGAUAAACUCAAUUCAAUGACAACAUUAGAUGCAAAUAAAACAGAAAACAUGAUUAAUAAUUGUGAUGUAUCUGUUGAUAUUCAAAAUAUCACUCAAUUUAUUCCAAAGGAAAAUGCGACAGCUGCACAUGAACACUGUCAUAUAUCUAUUUACGAGAAUGUAAAACCUGAUGUUAGACAAGAAAUUUUACAAAAAUCUCCAAAAAUUAUAAAGUCUAAUAUUUCAAAUGAUAUUAACACAGUACAAAAUAAAUAUACAAAUCAAUAUGUAAUUAAUCAAGUUACAGAACUAAGCAUUCAUGAUAAUAAGAUACAAGUGAACAAUUCAUCAUUACAAAAACAAACAGGAAACCAUGGAAUGUCUUCUCUUAACAUUAUUGCUAUAGAAUAUGAAGAUACAGAUUCAGAAAUAGAAGAAGAGAUAAGAACAAAUACUAUAACUGAAAAGGAACAUACCAUGUUACAAAUACAGAAUUUACAGCAAUAUCGUACAUUCGAAAAACAAUUAUCAUGUGACGAAAAUGAUAGCGAAGAUGAUUCUGAUAAUAGUAUCGAUAGCAGUAGUAGCAGUAGCAGCAGCAGCAGUAGUAGUAGUAGUAGUAGCAGCAGCAGUAGUGAUAGUAGCAGCGACAGUGAACUAGAUGAUAAUGUAAAAAUUAAUAACAAAAAGAAAGAAAGGGAAGUAAACGUAUCAAAGAAGCAAAAGCAUAUACAAAAUGAAUUAGAUGAUCUUCCACCUAUAGAAGACUUAAAAAUUAGUGUUCCUGAAGUUUUAUGUAAUCCAUUAGGCAAGAUUGAAAAAAUUGUAGAACAAUUAGUAAUCGUAAAACCAAAUCCUGGUGAGGUUACACUCAAUUUGGAUACAGUUUUAUUUGUAAACAAAGGAACAAAAGCGCUCGGUAAAAUAUUUGAUGUAUUUGGUUCUGUAAACGAACCGUAUUACUGCAUUCGCUUCAAUGAUGCUAAACAUAUACAGGAUAAUGAUAUUAAAGUGGAUAUGCAGGUGUAUUAUUGCCCGAACUCGGAGUACACGUCUCUUGUUUUCUUACAUGAGUUAACAAAGCUAAAAGCUUGUGAUGCAAUUGGUGACGAUGAGCCACCAGAAUUUUCAGAUGAUGAGGAAGAACAAGCUUAUUAUGAAAAUUUGAAGCAAAAAGGUACCAAAGAUUCUAAUGGCCAGAAUUCGCAGAAACGCCAACGUCGGAUGGAUUCUCGCAACACAGAAAUGGGCUGGCAAUCAAAUCAUCCGUGGAACAGAAAUAAAAAAGUUCAACCUCAAAGAUAUAAACAGAAGCAGCAAAAUUGGAGUAGUGGUAGUCAUUUUAAUUCUACACAGAAUGGAACAUAUUCUUAUAAUGCUUGGCAACAAUAUCCAUAUCAAAAUAGUGCUUAUUGGCAACCAAUUCCACAAAACAUGUAUCCAAUAUCUAACAGACCAUAUACAGGCUACAGACCAACAUUUAGCGGAUCACGUUUGCCACAGUAUAACAAUCCAAGUAAUUUGGAUGGCGCACACCAAUAUUAUCAAGCGAUAGAUUAUCGUCCCAAUGUAUACAUGCCUUCUUAUUCAACUUGGCCACCAAUAUUGAUGACGAAUACACAUUGGUUUCCACAAGUUCCUUCAUCUUCUUCAAACACAACGGAUGCGAAGAAUGUCGAUCCAGAUUCAUCUAAAUAACUUAAUGCUGAAUAUUAAUAGGAUAAUAAAAUAAUGAUUGUAUUUUUA